CUGGGCGGUGCGGUGGCUGGUGAGAUCCUGGAAAUGGGGGUCCCCAGGGAGAUGAUGGUUGGUUUGGAAGAGGAGUUACUGCAAACGCUUCCAUCCUGUGCUUUCCACACAAGCCCAGUAUUUUACAAAUCUGCAGCUCCACUUGCAAAAAGACGCAUGAGGUGGUUUGGCAGUGGGCCCAGGCAGUGGUUGAGGGUGGCCUCAAUGGAGGCGACGUGGUCCUGCCCUGUGGCUUGCUGGAGGGUGGAUCUUGCUGGGAAGUGCUGAGGUGCGGCGGUUUGGUGUCACUUCCCCAGCUGAGCCCCUGCUGCCCUCUCGUUCCAGCCUGCUGCAGCCAGAGCCGCUGGUCCUGGCUCCUCCGGAGAUGCUGAGCCAAGCCAGGAGCCAUGGUUGGAUCCAGGAACGCGGGUUGGAGAGAGGCAAAUCCUUUAAACCUUCCUCUGAGCUGCUGAAGCCCAAACUUGCCAAAAAACAGCCCAGCACUUGCCUCCGCUCGGUGACAGCCAGAGCAAAGGCAGACCCCAAGUUUGGGGAGCUCUUCCUCUUUGACAUCCCUGUGCUGAUGUGGGACCAGCACUUCAGCCCAGAAACCUGGGACAGGCUGAAGACACGACAUGUCCCAUAUGGCUGGCAAGGCUUGUCUCAUGCAGCCAUUGGCAGCACCCUCCGGCUCCUCAACUCCUCCUCCAACAGACACCUCUUCAACAGAGAUAACUUCCCCAGGGGCUGCGUCCGCUGCGCUGUGGUAGGCAACGGAGGCAUCCUCAAUGGCUCGCAGCAGGGCAAGGAGAUCGAUGCUCAUGACUUGGUGUUCAGGCUCAACGGUGCCGUGAUCAAAGGCUUCGAGGAAGAUGUUGGUACCAAGAUCUCCUUCUAUGGUUUUACAGUGAACACCAUGAAGAACUCCCUUAUUGCCUAUGAGGAGUAUGGCUUCACCCAGAUACCCCAGGCCAAGGACCUGAGGUACAUCUUCAUCCCCUCAGACAUACGCGACUACGUCAUGCUGAAGUCAGCCAUCCAGGGCUGCCUGGUCCCCGAGGGUUCAGACAAGGGUGACGAGCCACAGAAGUAUUUUGGACCAGAGGCAUCUGCAAAGAAGUUCAAGCUGCUGCACCCAGAUUUCAUACAUUAUCUAACAGCAAGGUUCUUGAGGUCAGAAAUCAUCAAUACUCAGUACGGCUACCUCUACAUGCCCAGUACUGGUGCACUCAUGCUCCUGACAGCACUCCAUACCUGUGACCAGGUCAGUGCCUAUGGGUUCAUCACUGACAACUACGAGCAAUUCUCGGACCACUACUAUGAGCUGGAGAAGAAACCAUUGGUGUUUUAUGCCAACCACGACAUGAUGCUGGAGGCAGAGCUGUGGAAGAGCUUGCAUCGAGCAGGGAUCAUGAAACUUUACCAGCGGUGAGGCAGGGCAGCAGCCCAUGGGGUCAAGCCCCUCGGACUCUCGCAGUGUCACAGAAGUGGUUCUUCUUCUCUUUCCUGAAGGCUCCCUUCUCUCUCCUAAGGCUAUCCAGGACUUGUAGGCUAGCUGCUGACGUGCAGGCCCUCUACACUUCAGUUGCUGGCAGCUGCCUGCCAACUUGCAGGCAGGUAGUGGUGGUGGAAAGGGGCAAGCCAAAAGGGUUAGGGAAAUGCUGCAACACUUCCUCAGGGAUCUGCAGGAAACUUGUUUUGUGGCUAGCGCAAUUCAAUGCGGCCUUUGUGGCACCAAGAAGCACCACUGCAUGUGGCUGUGACCUCCCAAUACUGCAAACACCUCUGUGGGGCAACAGCAACCACCCGGGAAGAAUUGUGCCUGGCUGCCAGGAAGGGCAGGAUGAUGGUUUAAGAGGACACUGGAGAAGUGUGGGUGUGACAGCCCCCACCCCC